AUGGAUGAGAGGAGAAGAAAUGUUAGCACUUCUCUAAAAAUGCUUCGUAUCCUAAAGCAUUCAAUCAAUGGUGCAACUACUGGCUCAAGUUCGAGCGUCAGUUGGCAGCUUCUUUCCGUUACUCUUCAUCGGAUUUGUCAGAAGGAUUUACGAGUACAGGUUAGGGAUAGUUUCAUGAGCGUUGUUACUAGGAUUGUUAGGAUGAAGGAAGAGGACAUAAAUCGAUAUACUCUAAAGUCUAGUCAUAGUAAUGCUACUAUGAGUAAUGAUAGUAGAAUGGAUGAUAGUAGUAGUAGUAUCAUUGUCUUCCAUUUCGAAACCAAUUUCGGAUACUGA